AUGGACUCAGUGAUUAGUCAAAUUGAAAAAUUGAACAGCGAUAUCCCAGAGGAAGUAAUAAAGCGAGCAAAAGAUGCCAUCAGAGAAGAUGAAUCAACAAAAACACAAAUGUUAGAUCAAUUUAAACAUUGGAUUACUAAAAAUAAAAACCUUCAAGAUGUUCGAACAGAUGACAAUUUUUUACUCCGCUUUUUGAGAACUAAAAAAUAUUCUAUGCUAUUGGCGCAAGACAUGCUUCUUAAGUAUCUUAAUCUUAGGCAGACAUAUCAAUAUUUAGCCUAUAAUUUGGAUUUUCUUGAGCCAUCUGUUUUAGAACUUGUUAAUAAAGGAUAUUUAUUUCCAUCCCCAAUAAAAGAUAAAAAUGGAAGAACUGUUAUAAUUGGAACAUCAGAACCAUUCGACCCACAUCGGUACACCCACAUUGAUAUGACAAAAAUGCAUGGAAUUACAUAUGAGGCUUUAUUAGAAGAUGAAGAUAAUCAGAUCUUAGGAUUCACUCACUUCGGUGACAUCAAAAAUGUGUCUCCUGCUCAUUUGACUGUUUGGUCACCAUUGGAAUUCCCUAGAGCCUACAGAUGGGCAGAGCAAUCCAUGCCUAUGAUGCAUAAGGAAAUUCAUAUCUAUAAGCUUCCUGCACCAUUGAGAUACACUUAUGAAUUAGUGAAAAAUCUCAUGAGCCCAAAAAUUAGAGAAAGAAUAAUGCUGCAUGAUACCCUUGAAGAACUUCACAGUAAACUUGACCCAAAAGUAUUGCCAAAGGAGUAUGGAGGAAUUAUUCCUAUGGCAGACAUGAUAGAACUGUGGAAGUUUCAAUUGGUUGAAAAAAGAGAUAGGAUCUUAGCACUUGACAAAAUGAAGCUUCUGGAUAAUUCAUGUUUAAUGAAAAAAACUAAAUUACAUAAAAAACAAGAAAUUGAUGUAGGAAGUUUUAGACAACUUGCAAUAGACUGA